CUAACCUUGUCUAGGGAGAAGCAAAGAUUUUGAUAAGAAACAGAACCUACCAGGGCUGCUUUUUUUGAUAAACUUCCAGGGGUUCCAGUCUCUGGAAACAUCUGGACCCAAAGGAUAAAGCCAGCUGCUGUAUGAGAGUAACACAAAAUCCUUUUGCCCAGCCAGGGAUCCUGCUAUGCAAACAUGUCUCAUUCCCCGUUUUUAUACUGUGCCUGUUGGGACCCUUGGAAUGUGAGGGGUAAAAGGCUAAUAAAGACCAUGCCAGGCUUACCGAAUCAGAAAGCCAGGUCCUCCUCACUAGGCAUGAUCUUGAAAAACCAAAAUAGUUUCCUGUUUGCUCUAAAACCUCCCAGCACAUCCAAAGGGAUGUUGCCCCACAGAAAAUAUGGAUAUCGACUACGAAGCAGAGAACCACCUGAUGCUUCAGAGGAGUUCAUAGAAAUCUCACCUGGUUAUACCUUGACUCGAAGUAAAGAACAUCUCUCUGUCACGCUAGGGGAGGAAUUUUUUGAAAGAAAAACUGCUGAAGAACCAGCCCCGCACUUUGUUCCCAGAAGCCCAGUGAAACUUGAGACGGAGGAUGUUAUUACUGACUUAGAGGAACAGAUUGCUGAGCUGACAGACAUGAUGGAGCAACUGCGCAGAGAUCACCAGGCCUCCCGCAAACUGUUGGAAAAGGAUAUGGAACAAAAAUGCAAUGAGAUGCAACAGGAGCAUGAGAAUAAGAUCAGGGAACUCCAAGAAGCUCACUGUGCUGAGCUCCAGGCCUUGCAAGUGCAGUACAAGAAAGAACUGAGGACUGAAAGGGCCUCUGCACAAGAGAAAAUGGAGGGGAUGCAGAAGGAAUACAAGUAUCUGAAGAAUGCAUUCCGAAUGUACCAGGACAGUGUUUCUGAUGAAAUGGAGGAGAAGUGGCUGAGAAGGCAGGCUGACUGGAAGAAGAAUGAGAGGACUGAGCGGGAGAAGGCACUGUUAAAGCAAAAGCAGGAAUUGAUGAAGAAAUUUGAGAUGGAGAGAGAGCAUCUAAAGAAAUCACAUCAGAGUGGUAACUCCAUGAUGAAUAAACUCCCACAGCAGGGAAGAGAGGAGUUUAUUAAACAACACCAGGAAGAUGUGGAGAAAAUAAAAGAAUUGCAAAACAUCAAGGAGUCUCUGGAAGCUGAUUUGAAGGAGAGAGACCAGAUUCUCAAGGCUCUCACCACAACGAUGCAGAACGCUCAGGUGGAGCUUAAGAAAGAGAAAAGCAACCUGCUGGAGCUGGAGAAGAACAUUCAAGAGAAAAUCUCGGCAGUUGAAUUAAAACACCAGCUCAAUAUCACUUCCUUGGCAGAUGAAAAUGCUGUUCUGAGACGCAAACUGAUCACAAAGAGCGAAGAAGCAUUUAACGAAAGAAUCCGGCGAAAGUCAGUACUGCUCUAAUGGGAAUGUGACCUUGUUACUAAGGGAAACUUGCUGAUGAUGCAUCAAAGCUCAUAAGCCCAGCAGUGCUUGGAGUCCCAUCUACCAAGGGAGGUGUUGCAAGAAGUGAGUGUGGUGACUGUGGCUAUUUGGCAUUCUUCUGUGCUCUGGUACUAGAAGUAGGAUUUGAAAACCAGUGAGGCUGCUAAAAGCAGAUGCUCUGAAAUAUGGACAACAGAGGCUCCUGCUGUCACUGUCUGACUGGCUAUACUGGAGAGCAGCGUGUGGAACCGGAGAGUUAGAUUUAUUGAGAACAGAAGCUGAAUAAGAAACAAAAUCCUUCAUGGUGGCCAUUCCAAGCAGGAAGUCUGCCUCAUCUGGAAUGCACUCCAGUUGAAAUCUUGCAUCUGCCUCUACAGAAG